AUGGAGGAAUCAAUUCACGGAAUGCAAGAAUAUCAAAGCUUUCAAUAUAAAUUCACAUUUUCCACGACUCAAGCAGUGUUCCAGCUGACCUACAUGACACCUACUAUUGUAGUCAUGCUGAAAAUCUUCAUGUCAUUCCGUGGGCCAAGCCAUUGGAAUAGUGCUCACACAAUGAAUCAUCAUAUUUAUGUUAUUAUUAUGCUAUAUUUUUUAUUUAACACUUUAUUCUUUCUGUCAGAUUUUCUACGAUUCUCAUUGCCCGCCACUGGGAUUCUGACUUCCUGGUCUGCCAGCAUUCAACCCAAUCAUUUUUUGAAUCUAAUUUUCUUUUUUACUUUUUAUUUCAAUUACUGUAUUCUAAUUCUUCCACUUCUACUAUGUUUGAUCAGAUUGAUUAUUCUAAUUUAUCCGAAAGAUCACCCCAUGAUUUGCUCCAAAAUAAUGAUAAUUUCACUUCCACUGUUAUUUCUCAUUCCACUUUGCUGUACUUCAUUCAUGAUUCCUGCUCUCGGAUACUGUAGACAAAUGGGUUCUCCUUUGAAUUACGGCGCUACGUAUAUAUACUAUUCUGGCGGAUGGGAUGGAUGGCGAAACUCCUACAUUCAUCUGGUUAUGUCUAUUGUAAUGUGUUCAUUGACAAUUUUGUGCUCCGUGGUUAUGUUGUUUAAAUUGAGACAAUCUGUGUUCAGCAAUUCGUCAGCAAGAACAAAAGAACAAUCAAAACGAGCAGAAUCGUCAUUAUCAUUCACUAUGAUUUCGUUUAUUAUUCCAUUUAUAAAUAAUACAAUGCUGACGAUAGUGUAUCUCACUUUUCCUGGAUGGGUGUAUCAUAUGAUGAUAUUUCGUCCAUUUGGAAAUGAUUGUGAGACCGUGAUGAUGCCGUGGAUUCUUUAUAUGACCCAUCCCAUGUUUCGUCGAAAACGAACAAUAAGCCAGUCUACGGCAGUAACGACUAUACCGAGAAUGAAUUCGCCAAUAAUGCAUUAA